AUGGAUUUUUUCGAUUUCUCCAAACCAUUGCCUAAAAUAUGUAUUAAAGGUGGUCAAACCAAUGGUCACAUAACUGUCACCGAAUCACUCGAGGAAAAUACAUCUGAUCAGGAAUUUGAGGAAGAUGAAAAUUAUGCACACAAAUAUGUGUUGGAAGAAAAAGAAGAACUAUGCAAGUUGGAAAACAAUGAUAGAAAUGAAUCCCCAUCCGGUUCUUUUACUACGACAAAUUCUGGAAUUGAUGAACUUAUUUCAAUCGAUGCUACAUCAUCUGAUGAUUGUGAAAUGAAAAAAGACCUUAAGAAAAACAUUUAUGAUAUUUAUUUCUCGAAAAAUUCAAAAAAGAACAACAGUUUGAUUGUAAAUGAGUACAGGGAAAAAAUAUUAUCAAUGAUAGAGUUAAACGAAGUUACCAUAAUAACAGGUCCACCUGGUUGCGGUAAAACAACUCAGAUACCACAAUAUUUAAUUGAUCACCAUGCGGAAAAAAAUGAAUAUUGUAAUAUAAUUGUAAGUCAACCUAGAAGAAUAGCUGCCAUAACCAUACCUAAAAGAGUUUGCGAGGAAAGAGAUUGGGUAUUGGGUAGUAUUUGUGGAUAUAAGGUAGGACUAACGGAUCGUACGUCAGAAGACACUAGGCUAACAUAUGCAACUGUUGGAGUUCUCCUACAAACAUUCAUUAAUAAAAAAAGUUUGAAUGAAUACACGCACAUAAUUCUAGAUGAAGUACACGAAAGAGAUUAUAAUAUGGAUAUGCUUUUAUUGGUUGUUAAAAAAUUAUUGUUUAGAAAUUCCAGGAAUGUUAAGGUUAUUUUAAUGAGUGCAACUGUUGAAUCGACUAAAUUUGCAAAUUAUUUCGAGAGACCACUUUGUGGAUUAUUUCGACCAGCACCAAUCAUUAACAUACAGGAAAAAAACAAUCACGAAUUACAAAUUUAUUAUUUGGAUGACUUGGCAUUUUUAAAAGAGGUUCCUGUCAUUGAUUUCGAAGUGCCACAAAUAACAGAUUCGCUUAUCACUGCGGGAAUUAAAUUGAUUUGCCAAUUUGAUGAAUUUGAUAAAAAUGAUAAUGAUAAAAAAUCCGUAUUGAUUUUUUUACCCGGAAUUCACGAAAUCGAAGAUUUUUAUAAUAAAUUAAAAGAUCCUAAAAACUACACAUCGGGAAAUGUUAAAUAUAAAUGGCAUCCCGUUCCAUUACACUCAUCUAUAACAAUAGAAGAACAAAUUCAAGCUUUUCUUCCUCCACCUUCGGGUUAUAGGAAAAUUAUUUUAUCAACUAACAUUGCCGAAAGUUCAAUAACCGUACCUGAUAUCAUGUUUGUUAUUGAUUAUUGCAUAACUAAAAAAUUAGUAACCGAUUCAAAAACUAAUUUUUCAAGUCUUCAAUUAUUUUGGGCAUCGAAAUCCAGUUUGGCUCAAAGAUCUGGACGUGCUGGACGAGUAAUGGAUGGAAGAGUUUACAGAAUGAUUUACAAAAAAAACUACGACUCUUUAAGCGAUUAUUGCGUACCGGAAAUUUUAAGGUGUUCACUGGAAAAACUCAUUUUACAAACGAAAAAAUUAGAAAUGGGGUCACCGAAAGCUCUUUUAGCAUUAGCCAUAGAUCCACCUAAUUUAAACAAUAUAAAAAAAACGAUUCUCGUUUUAAAAGAGAUUGGUGGUUUGCUCCCUACUUGUAAUGGUUUUCCUAAUACUUCGGAUGGGGAUUUGACUUUUUUAGGUCACGUCAUGUCGGAAUUACCCGUCGAUAUUUACGUAACAAAAUUAAUCAUGUUAGGUUUUGUUUUCAAUUGUUUAGACGAGUGCAUCGUUAUGGGUUCGAGUUUAUCGUUGAAAAGCGUUUUCAGUAACACAUUUCAAUCUCGUUUAAAAGCAUAUAAUUCAAAACUUAAUUGGUCUGAUGGUUCGAACAGUGAUUGCAUAGCUUUUUUAAAUGUUUACAAUGCACGUAUCGUAUGGAGAAUGAAUCACGUCACGGGUUAUUUUAAAAGAUCUCAAGGAGGUGGUGAAAUCGCAUGGGCUAAAAGACAUUUCAUUCAGAUAAAAACAUUAAGAGAAGUUAAAAUCCUUAGGGAUGAGAUAAAAUUAAGAUUGAAACGAAUGGGUAUCGAACCUGAGAGUAAAUUUUCCGCUUGGACCGACGUAGAAAAGGCUCUUGUAUUGAAAUUUGUUUUGGCGGGUGCAUUUUAUCCAAAUUAUUUUUUUCGCGGUGUAAGGGAAAAGGAAAUAAUGGAAAAAGAGUCGGCGAAAAUUUUAUGCGGGAGAAAUCCUUUCAACACGGUUUAUUUGAAAAAUUAUCCAAUCGAACAACCUCCCCAUAUAUAUUCGGAUUUAAUUAAAGAAAAAUUAUGCGAUUGUCAGGAAGAAAUGAAAAUCACUUACGAUAACACGAAAGUUUUCAUCGAAUUCGAAUCUGAACGAGGCAGCUCAUCGACCAAACCUUUAAUGGCUGUGUAUAAGGCUGUGAAAAUGAGAGAACUAUUAAAAUCAUUCGAAAUAAAAAUAUUACCUUUGCACGAGGCUCGUAAUAAAGCCGAAUCGAUGAAACAGUUAAAAUAUGAAAAAUACCCAAAUUUAAACGUGAGCGAAGAAUUUUCCAUAGAAAAAUAUCAACCGAUCAUGCCUGGAAAUGACGAAAAUUAUAUUUUUUUAAAAAUAACAUAUGUGGUUAAUCCGAACGAUUUUUGGGUCGCCCAUAAGAAUUCAAUCACGGAACAAAACGAAAAAGAUUUAUUUAUUUGGCUCAAUGCACCCGAUGCAGAUAUCAUCCCCUUUAUCAAAUCACCUCAGGUCGAUGACCUUUGUGCCGCACCUUAUAAGGUCGAUAAUGAUUAUUGGUUGUACAGGGCGAAAAUUAUAGAACUCGUAGAAGAAAAUUUAGUUAAGGUAUUUUUUAUCGAUUUCGGUAAUUUCGAAUUGGUUCCCGUUUCCCGAAUAAAAAAUUUCGGGACUAAAUUAUCGGAAAAACUAUUGAAAAUCCCUCCCUUGGCAUUUCAUUGCACUUUGACCAAAUUAAAACCUUCGAGUACUAAAAAUCCCGAUGGAAGAUGGAGUUCGGAAUCGAUACGAGAAUUCGAAGAGAUAAUUUACGAUGGAAUUAUUAUUGGAUCCGUGUAUUCGAUAGUUGACGAUUUGGUUUCGUUUGUUUUGUACAAAUGCGAUGAAAACAAUUUGUUGGAAUUGACAAACGUAAAUGAGAAAAUGAUCGAUGAGGGUUUUGCUGAGAUUUGUCAAGAAAGCCAAACGUCCAAGGAAAAUAAUAAAUUAAGACUGAAAACGAAAGGAAAAAGUGGGAACAGAGGAAGGUUUAAAAGUGAAUCGCGAAACAUUUGGAUGGAUCCCCCGCCAAAUGAAAUGUUAUUAAAAGAUCAUCACGAAAUAACGAGAGCGCGCGAGUACAUAAUUAUCAAGCAGGCACACCUUCGAGGUCCUUUUAGCACUUUGGAAAUGAAAAUAUUCAGUUUGACACAGGGAGGUAGUAAUAAAAUGAUAAAAAUAUCAACUUACUCAGUUAAUUCCGUUUUGCUCGACACCGAUCCAAACGACCCGCACGAAAGACUAAUCGUCGCUGCCAACGUAAAUCAAAGUUCGGAUGGAUCCGUACUAGUUUUGAACAACACGACGGUCAUGCCGAAUGUUCACGGGUUGGCAACACUCAUCCCGAUUAUUUUCGCGCCUUCCAUCGAACUCAGGGUAAACGAAUCGAGAACGAUGUAUACCGGUUUUAUUUGCGGUUUGGGAACGGAUGAAUUCGAUAAAUCGUUAUUUCCAGAACGUGACAUGGAAAUAAUUUUCGAUUGCGAAUUUACAACGGAAGAUUUUUCACUCGUUAAUAAAUUACGAUUCGGAAUGAGUAAAUUAUUAACGACGGAUUCAAAUAAUUAUAAUUAUUCGACGAGUCGAAACGAUUUGAUUUAUUAUCAAACGAAAAUAAAAGAAUGUUUUUUAAAAUUGUUAAAAGGGGAUAGGAAAUGGAAAGAAUUGGAAUUUCCAUCCGUUCAAUAUGCUUGGAAAUUGGAAGAAUCGAAUUUAAUCGUAGACAAUUCGAAAAUACUUGAAAAUAACGACUCUUUUAUUUAUCCACUUCAUUCUGGAAUCAGGAUAAAUUGUCCGAAAGAACUUUAUAAAAAAUUAUCGGAUAAUUUGAAAUACCUUGCAGAUAUAGCCUCUCAUUCCAGACAAAAGACGACAAAGUUUGAAGAAAUUCAUUGUUUGCUGUGCGAUAUGAAACUGAUAAAUUAUAAUUAUUUGAGAUUACAUUUAAAAUCCGAAAAACACGUGAAAGGGGAAAAGAAAUUUCGAGAAUCUUCCAACGUUGAAUGA